AAGAGCAGGACUAUCCCUUUCACUAACAUGAAGAUAUUUAAUCAGCUUAUCUGUAUAUAAUCUAACCACAUCUUUGGUGACCUCCAGACAUAGGCUCAUUUUGUUAUUUCUUUCCUUGGUUUUAGAUCAACAUUUCUCUUGCAAAGUCCCUUUACAGUUUUUAUGAAUAGUACCAAUAUCAUAUUAAGUAGAUAUCAUUGUAGGAUACAUCACAGCAACACGUGGAGCAGGAGUGCAUAACAAAGUCAACAAAGACAAAUGUGAGGUGUUGCACCCCUGAAAAAGUAGUGCAGCAAAGGCUUUCCCAGAAGUCAGUGGAUAAAAGCUUAAAGAAUUGGAUCAGCUUGUCUGUCCUGAAAGUGGAUACCACUUCAUGGUAUCCACAGGUAUAGUAUCAUGAGUAUCAUGAAGUGGUUUCAUGAGUAUCCAUUUUCUUGAGAUCACUGUUGAGAAUGUGAUUGUCCUCUCCAUGGCUGGAAAGGCUAAACAGCAUCUUAAAAACAAAACUUGAAAUUACUCUGUUCAUAAAGUACCAAAUGGUGCUUCAUCAGAAACAAGGAUGAUAUUGCAGCCAUAACUGAGGUUUCUUCCCCCAGAGUGUGAUUGUAUGGAGCAAGGCAGAACCAGUUUUAUGACUUCAGCACCAGCACUGACUUCCUAGUGAAAGUUCUGGCAUAACCCACAGUCUCUACCCUUAUUUUCUUCUGUCACACCUAAAUCAGAUUUCAUAAAGUCCUGUUUAUCCACUAGUCUUGAAGAGGGAGACAAGCCUGUGAUAGAAAGCCUUGACUGUGCACCAUAGAAACCCAGUGCAGAAACAAGAAACAAGUGCCCAUAGAAACAAGUGCAGAAGCCACAAUAAGCAUUUCCUUCUGCCAGAGAUCAGAAUACAGAUCUGUUAGACUGCUCCACAAAAAACAGUUUGUGUAUUCCCCCAUGGUGUAUUUUGGGGGAAAAUAAGUCUCAUAGUAACAUGGUUUGAAAUUACACCUCCUUAUACAAUGUUUUCCUCUUAUAUUUCUGUAGUCAAAAAGGCAAUUAACUUAAAUAUGAUAGAGAGCCUGUAAUUCUGAUCUGUCUGUGGUAGUGAUACUGGAUAGAGGCAGUUAUUGCUACUUGCUAGAAAUUAAUGAAUUUCUAACACUGCUAAUUGCUAGAAAUUAGUUAACUUUUUAUUUAAAAUAAAUUCUAGUAGAAUAAAACAUCAAUAUACAAGUUAGCUGUGUAAAAUACUUUCAUUGUGACAGUUUGUAGACAAAAAUUUUUAUUUUUUCUGUGAGGAGACCAAAUACAUUUUCAGAAAUGUUACAUUCAUUGCAUAUACAUCUACCUGGCUGGGAAGAAGAGGUCCUGUAAACUUACUUUUCCAUGCUGGAUACUCCAGUUUUAGCCCAAUGACAGUUCUGCAUUAUGGAAAAAUAAGUGAUAAAUCCAGAUAAUGUUUUGAAUCAAAAUUGUAAAAUAUUAAUAUAGCACUUCUUGCAUGAUUAGAAAGUAAUCUUAUUAAAUUUUCCACAGAAAUAUGGUUAUAAGCAAAAAAAAAAAAGCUAAAACCCCCAAAAUGAGCUAAGCAAAAAUGCCAACCAAGCCCUAAUAGGUGAUAAGUGAGGCCAAUUCAAAAUUGAGAAGCAAUCACCAUGAAAAAACCCCCCAGUUUUAGAGACAAGAACAAUUAUUAUGAAGUCCCGUUUGGAGAUCUUUCUUCUCCUACAGUUUGUAGUACUUAGCACCUGCUCUAGAAACAUCUUCUAUAAAUAACCAUUUUCUGUUUCAGACAAAAUUUACAUUGAAAACUAUCUUGGUGCAGCUGCUCAGUUUUUCUAAAACUGUGAAUUGCCAAAAAAGCAACAGUAAUUCCUUGGGGACCUCAGAGUUUAAUCCUUUUUCUGUAACAUGAUCCCAUGCAGUGGAGCUGUGAUGGAAGUCCAUUAUUACUGCUAGCUGUUCUUAGAGUUGCUCAGACUGAGAACUGAGAAGCCUUCUGUAGAUGAUCCUUGCUCUUUUAUGAUUUCUGUGGCUUUGUAGUUCCAUAAUUACUGCCCCUGAUGGCACAGUGCCCCAAAAAUGAAUACUUUGAUAACUUGCUGCUCUCUUGUACUCCUUGUCACCUCCGGUGCUCCAGUGCACCACCGCCCUCCUGUGAAAACUACUGUGAGAAGAACUCCUCUGUGGAGCCGAGUAAUAAUCUCAAGGCUGAGACUGAAAGCAGUGUGAACACAGAAGAAAUUAGACACACAGUUCCAAGUGAAACAUUAAUGUAUUCAGUGGAAGAAUGCACUUGCAGUGACUGUGGCUUGGUGAAACCUCAGACUGGCUGUGAAACUUCGUUUCCAUUACCAGCUACUGAAGAACGAGCUACUGUUCUAGUUACCACCAAAUCUUUUGAUUAUUACAACUAUGUUCUGGGUGUUGGGUGACUGGGAGGGAAGUGUACUGAGUAAUGAUAAAUGAGUUAUUCCUGUAUAGCUGUAAACCUUAAUACUUGCAGUCAGUGGAGAAGGUAGUACAUCAUCCUUGGAGAUCUCCCAUCGUGCUUGCAUUCAUAUUGUCAUUAUUUCUAAUUCUAGUAUUGCAGUAGUCAAGUAUUUCUACAGUAUUCUCAGGCACUCAACUAGUUAUUGGAAUUUUUAAUUUCAGAAAGUCCUUACAUAGGACUGCUUUUUCUGCAUUUAUAGAUUGUACCUACUUACAGCAGAUAUAUACAAAAUAAAUAAGUUUGCAAAUA